UGAUGUUCUCGCAGCUUGUCAACCGCACGAUCCAGUUACUGUAGCUGCCUGCUGCAAUGAAAAUAUCUUCGUUGGUGGGUGGAUAUAUGGGCUCAUUUCCAUCAUUUUUCACCAACCACUGACUGAGUAAAAGUGAGCCACUGUUGGAGGCAUGUGGCGGAUAUUAUGGCUCAUAGCCGGCAUGCACCUCUCGGGAGCCAACAGCUGGCCGGCUCAUGCCAUCCUGUAGCCGGGCCCCCUCCACCUGAGCUCCAUGCACCUCACACAAUACACCUUUGACUUCAUGAAGAUCCUUGACAUCUGUGAUGUAAUGAAUAAAUUUGAAGUCCUUGGGAUUGUGGGUGAAGGUGCCUAUGGUGUUGUUUUAAAGUGCAGACACAAGGAGACCAAUGAAAUUGUGGCCAUUAAGAAAUUCAAGGACAGUGAAGAAAAUGAGGAGGUCAAAGAAACAACGCUGCGGGAGCUUAAGAUGCUCCGCACCCUCAAGCAGGAGAAUAUUGUUGAGUUGAAAGAGGCCUUCCGCAGAAGAGGGAAGCUCUAUCUGGUCUUUGAGUAUGUGGAGAAGAACAUGCUUGAGCUGCUUGAGGAGUUACCAAACGGUGUGCCGACUGACAAAGCACGCAGCUACAUCUACCAGUUAAUCAAAGCCAUUCACUGGUGCCACAAGCACGACAUUGUUCACAGAGACAUAAAGCCAGAAAACCUUCUCAUCAGCUCUGAUGACGUCCUCAAGUUAUGUGACUUCGGCUUUGCACGUAAUCUCUCAGAGGGGACCGAUGCCAAUUACACUGAGUAUGUGGCCACUAGAUGGUACCGCUCUCCAGAGCUCCUGCUCGGGGCUCCUUACGGGAAGGCAGUGGACAUGUGGUCAGUGGGCUGCAUCCUGGGAGAGCUGAGUGACGGACAGCCUCUGUUCCCAGGAGAGAGUGAGAUUGACCAGCUCUUUACCAUCCAGAAAGUGCUGGGACCCCUGCCACCAGAGCAGAUGAAGCUCUUCUACAACAACCCUCGCUUCCAUGGGCUGCGGUUCCCUGCUGUGAACCAUCCCCAAACCUUGGAGCGAAGAUACCUGGGAAUCAUUGGUGGUGGCCUGCUGGACCUGCUGAAGAACCUGCUACUGCUGAACCCAACAGAGCGCUUUCUCACAGAGCAGAGCCUGAACCACCACACCUUCCAGACCCUGCGGCUGGUGGAGCGGCCCGGCCCACCCACACCUACACCUGUACGCUCCUCCAAGAGGAAACCUCACCAUGGAGACAACACCACCCCCAGCAGGAGCCACGGGGGAAAGAGCUCAGGAAGCCACCGCUCCAGCAGCAGAGAGUGCUCCAGCCUGCCCCGGCAUGAAGACCUCCACCCCAACAACGAAGGCUUUCUCAAUGGCAACAUGUCUGCAGCGAUCAACCUCAGCCCCACCCUUCAUCCCAAGACCUACCAGCCGCAGAUCUUUAACCACUCCACCUCCUGCAGCAUGGACCUGGCCAGCAGCAACCUGCCUCACCUGCUCAGCCCGGGUGAGGCCAAGAGCAAGGGCGACUUCGAGAUGAACCUGGGGUCCAAGGUGUCCGACGGCCCCGGGGCCAAGUACCUCAAAUCCAACUUUCGCUCACAGCAGAACCGCCAUUCUUUUGUGGAGGGGAAAACCAACACACUUCAAUCAGGGGAGAAACACAGUCGACACAGCUACAUGGAGUCUCACAGCUCCACGCCCUCCUCCUCCAAGUUCGCCUACCUGAACUUGUCCAAGAGCUACGGCACGCUUAGUGAUGCCAAGUCAGUAGGGAACUUAAAUGAUGUGCAUCUCUAUGCUGAUGAGCCCACAUCUCGCUAUUUUCCCUCAAGCUGCCUUGACCUCACAGCUCCCAGCAGCCCAGCAGCCCGCCGAGUCGACAGACUGGGUCCCAGCACAGCUGGCCGAGGAAGCAUGCGUUCAGACAGAGAAAGUAAUACUCUGGACUCCUCUUACAGGCGCUCCUCCACCCGCCACAAGGCCUCAGAGGAGGCCAAGACAUCAGAUGCCCUGGACCCUGGGGACAGUGGCAUUGAAAGGAGCCACGCUCACUCUCUGUCUGCUCCACAUGACCCUUUGUCCUACGGUCAGGGAUACACCAGCCCCUUCUCCUCCCAGCAGAGGCCGCACCGCCACUCCAUGUACGUACGGAGGGACCACCAGAGGACACACGGGGCGGACGAGGGGCUGCUGGUGGGGCAGGGCAUGCCUACCAGAGCCAGCAGCCUCCAGCUCCUGUCUCCACAGCUGCAGCACCGCACGCUGCCUCGCCACUCUGGGGGCUCCUCCAGAGAAGAAGACAUGAGCAGGAGCGAACAGGCACCCACUGAGGUCACCCAGAGCAGACCCUCAAUAAGGGACUCCACAAGGGACAACACUGCAUCUUUUCACACACAGCGGCAAAAAAGCGAGGUUGGCUUAUAUCAUGACCAGCAAACAGAAGAUGGGGGCUCUUCCAAAGAGAAUCGCAACAUUUACAGUGAAUCCAUGCCUCGGAGGGUGGGCAGCUUCUACAGAGUCCCCUCCCCCCGGCCAGACAACUCCUUUCAUGAUAGCAGGGGUCAGAGCCGGGGCUCGGGUCUGUCGGGGGACGGCAGCAGUUUGUCAAACCACUCCAAACGUCAACCAGCCUUUGAUCCCUGGACUGGCCCAGAUACUGUAGUGUUGAACCCCUCUGAGCCGUCCAAAGAAAAGGAGAAGCAGGGUUUCUUCAGAGCAAUAAAGAAGAAAAAGAAAAAAUCUCAGAUGGUUCCUACAGAUGGGGUGGAGACAGUUCUCCAAAAGUCCUCCAGGUCUUCAAGUCACCAGAGCAGCCGCCACAGAAGCCGGGACAAGAGCAGAGACCGGGACAAGAGCAGAGACCGGGACCAAGACCGAGACCGAGACAAGGACUGGCCGCCUGAGAAACUGUCUGAUUCACACUCUCCAAGUCAGCCACUGAAGUCACUGCGCAAGCUCCUGCACCUCUCAUCCUCAUCCUCCAACCAGACCACACCCUCUGACAUGCGCUAUCAGCCGCUGCCUAAUCCGGCCGCUGCUCAAGGUGGUUUCACAGAAAGCCGGGGUCACUCAGGGGUCAGCACGCCCCAGCUGAAGAGCCGACAGACAGCCUACCCGCUGCCUGGACAGCUGGAGUCCAGCUGGCACACAUCCGCCCUGGGCCGCCCAGAGGGCAACCCCUACCCAGAGCAAAUGAGCAUCAAGGGUGGGCAGAAUGGGCAUGGGUUCGGACGGCCCUCCAGGUCUCGUAUGCCAAACCUCAACGACCUGAAAGAGACGGCUCUGUGAUUUCUGUCACCUACGGCUUUCACAUCCACUUCAGACCACACUGUUUCCCCUCUGUUGCUCCUACACCUCCCUUACAUAACAGUACACCUGCUGUACACACACACACACACACACACACACACACACACACACACGCACACACACACGCACACACGCACACACACACGCACACACACACAUAUACACACACACACACAUACACACACACACACACACAUAUAAACACACACACGCACACACACACACACACACACAUACACAGACACACGCACACACACACGCACACACACACGCACACACACACACAUACACAUACACACGCGCACAUACACACGCACACACGCACACACACACAUAUACACACACACACACGCACGCACACAUACACACACGCACACACACAUGCACACAUGCACACAUACACACACACACACAUAUACACACACGCACACGCACACACACACACACACACACACACACACAGAAACCAAACCUUCAGUUUUAAACACUGCUUGCAAACAGGCCAAAAGCCUUUUUAUGUCUAAAUUUUUUUUUAAAGCUUUCAUGUUUGAUAGACUUUAUAUUAUUACUUCUGUAAUUCUGAUUAUAAUUUGUAUUAUAAAGUAAAUAUAUUACAAAUUAAGUAUAUAUAAAUGGAUAGAUAAAGUGUAGAUUUUAAGUGUAAGUAUUUUUGUUUCUAUUCAAUAUAGAAAUCUAGUACAUUUUACUGAGUAGUAUUUCCUUAAGACUAUUUAAGGCAUUCUAAACAAAUGAAGUUUUAUCAGUUCAUACAAUAGAGGUCAGUAAUGUCAGUAACGUGUGUUCAUCUCACCCAGAAAUCUAACUCAUCCUCUGAGCUGUUUUGCCUUUGGAUGUGCUCCGUCAUUCUUGUUAUAGAUGCUCAAAUGUGCAGCUACAAGUCAAAGCAGUUUUUGUUCUUAAAAAUAAAUUCGUAGUGCAAUUUUUCUGAGUUGGCACUGACAAUCUUAAAAGCUUCAAUCUAUUUGUUCUUUUUGAGGAUAUUUAGGUUUUUAUGUCUUUUUGAAAUGCAGCCAUCUUAGACAAUAUGGUGCCAUAAAGUGAGAGAAAUCAUAACCGACAUCGCCCUCUGUAGGACAUAAUGAAGCACUGCAUUUAGUGGUUUUUGACAGAGGUUACCUUGCACUAACAUUUAGGCACUGACUUUUCAGUCCAACAGUCUGAGACCAGGAUGGGAAAGUGGUCUGAGACUUUUGGACCCCGCUGUACAUUAUAAACAAAUAUUAUACAAAUUAAAACUAUGGCUACACCUCAAUCACUUCAAACAGAACAAACAUAACUGUUCCUUAUGCAGACCACACCGAAGACCCUUCUGUAGUAAUGUAAUCUAAAAGUAUUUACUGAAACCUGUAUUUAUGUCUGUGUCAUGAAGCACCUUAUGGAUGAAUCAUACAGUAGUCACACCUUGAUGUUCUGCAGGAUCCAGUUAAUGACAAAGUUAAUGAAGUUAGUAAUGAAAGAUGUGAUUUUCUCUGAUAACGUCUCCCACCUCCAGGAUUCAAGGAAAUCUGUUUGAUACUAAAGAUUUCACAAAAGCUGCUUCCAAGUGCUUUCAAUUGUAUAAUCAGUUAAAACAUGUGAAAAAAACAUGCAAAAUAUUCUAUAAUGUUUAACUGCUGAACAUUUUUGGUUUUUAGACAAAUUACUUGUAAGUUUUUUUUUUCUAAUUACUGUUACAUAAUCAUUUUUACAGCAGUUAGAGGAAUACAAAAGCCAUUCGUACUAGUGCAGUGGUUCCCAACUGUUUUUGUCUGAUGUGGCUCCAUGUGUUCAUUUCAGCUGGAUGUUAUUUAACACUACUGAUUAUAUAAAAGUGGACAUUUUUACAGUAAUUCUUCAUACAAGUGAACUGUCAAUGUUGUGUUUGCAUAUGUACUGUUUCCACUGACGGACUGCCAGAAGCUGGAUGUUCAACCACCCUUAACCCUUUUAUCCAUUUAUCUUUUAUUUUCAGUUUAUUUUAGAUAUUUCUACAAUUCCCCCAAUGUUUUAUCUCAAUAUUUGAACUUUCUAUCCAUUUCUUUAAGCCAUUUUUCAUUCAUUUAUUCAUCAGCAGUCUGUUUCAGCUGGUUAUCCAGUACUGUUAGCUAACUCUUUCUCUUCUCACUAGCUAACUUUUCACACACUCUUACUUGAAACACAAAGCUCCUGUUCAGGUAUUGCUGCUGACUAUGUGCACAUAUGUUUUUUUUAAUAGAGUCUUUCCAUGUACCCCCUUGUAACUGCAGAGGUACCCCUGGACUUCAUGCACCCUGGUUUGGAAUCACUGUACUAGUGUAUCUUUAACUGACGACACACUGAGACACUUGGGACAAGCUUUUAAAUGUAAAUGAACCACAGUGGGGACGGAGGCCCUGUGCUGUAAAACUUGUUCUCUGUCUGAGAUAAAGUGCCAUGAACGUAGCUCGGCAGAAAUAAAUCUUAAACUUCUUAUUGUUGCACUUUGAAGAGACUGUGUGACUCAGCAAUAUAUUGCUCUGAUGCUGUAAAUUCUUCCUCACUUCAUGUUCAUCAUGUGCACAGUGUGUGAGGACUGAGACACAGUAACACACUGAGUCCAAACCACCGUAUCGUAUUGUGUGUUGUGCAUCUGUAAGGACUGUGCACACUACACAUUUCUCUCUAUGGAUUAUUGUUUUGCUGAAGGAGCACCGUGUAUUAUAUUAAUACUGAUGUGUGACUACUUGUUUGGUAAUAUUUAUAACAGAAGAUGUUUAUCAACUGUUAAAAUGAAAUCAAGUAUUAAGUUUGUGCUUUUAUUACAGACACAAAUUAGUAGCAUAGUCAGUGUUUAUCUGCUUUUUUUUCCAACAGAGCAUUUACAUGAGAACAUAAACCCACAAAUGAAUGCUUAACAAUUUUAGAAUAUUCAUGUUUACAUAUGUAACAGUAAAUCUCAAAUAAAACAAGCUCAUUUGAUUUGA